AUGGACAUUAUUGGAAAACUCCCCGCUGCUCCAGGACAACGAGUUUUUGUGCUAGCAAUCACAAAUUAUUUCACGAAAUGGAUUGAAGCAGAGGUACUCUCGAAGGUACGUGAUCGCGAAGUUAUCCAAUUUAUUUGGAAAAAUGUAAUAUGCAGGUUUGGAGUCCCAAAGGAAAUAGUUACGGACAAUGGGACACGGUUCAUAAACACCGGGUUUCAAAAUUUCUGUAAAGAGUGGAACAUCAAGCUAAACUUCUCCACUCCGCGGUAUCUCCAAGCCAACGGUCAGGCCAAAUCUUCCAAUAAGAUUGUCAUGAACACAUUAAAAAAAGACUAUCUGAGGCUAAAGGAAAAUCGACAGACGAGUUUCCUAGUGUCCUUUGGUCCCACCGCACCACCGUUCGAACACCCACCGGUGAAACGCCCUUCUCGUUGGUUUAUGGCUAGAAGCAGUCAUACCAGUAGAAAUAGGCACUCCAAUAUUUCGACGAGUUUCCUAGUGUCCUUUGGUCCCACCGCACCACCGUUCGAACACCCACCGGUGAAACGCCCUUCUCGUUGGUUUAUGGCUAGAAGCAGUCAUACCAAUAGAAAUAGGCACUCCAAUAUUUCGGUAUGA